AUGUCCUCAGGCACAUUGUUUAUUCGAGACUCCCGCACCGACGCGAACUAUGAGAUUCCCAUCCGUCGAAACUCAAUUCGAGCAGUCGAUUUGCAACGUAUCAAGGCCAAUGCAACCGGUUCCGAUCGCGCAGAUCAAGUCAGCCAUGGACUGCGCGUGCAUGAUCCGGGCUUGCAAAAUACUACCGUGACCCAUUCGGAGAUCAGCUUUUCUGACCAUGAGCGUGGCCUGCUGUUAUAUCGUGGCUAUACCCUUGAGCAGCUAUGGGAAUCUGAUUUCGAGGAGAUGUUCCAUCUGCUGCUGUGGGCUACGUAUCCAACAGAUGUCCAGCGAGAAGAUCUGCGCCAACGACUGGCGCAGUACAUGCAAGAAGUGCCCGACACUGUGCAUCAAAGUAUUUUGAAUCUUCCACGCACCACCAGUCCGCUUCCACUGAUCCUUGCGGGUCUUUCUGCUUACCUGGCGUUUUUACCCGAUGUUAUCCCAGCAUCCGCCAACGCGACGAUCUACCAAUCUGAUAUCCAAAGAGCCGAUCGAGUGAUCCUUCAAACCGUUGCAGCUUAUGCGGUGGUGUUCGGGAUUGUCCGCUGCCACCGACUCGGUAUCAAUUGGAGGCCACCUUCUCUCAAUCAAACCUACUAUGAAAAUUUAUUCGCAAUGGCUGGUCUGGUAGACCAUUUGACUAACUCUCCAGAUCCCAGGCGGUUAUCCUGCUUCCGCCGUUUUGGAAACCUGAACGCUGAGCAUGGAAUGGCUUUGAGUGUGUUCACGGCGCUGGUGACAGCAUCCUCUCUGGCAGAUCCGGUGUCUUGUCUGAUAGCUGCCAUAACCUCUGCCCACGGGCCAUUGCAUUUUGGAGCUACUGAAUCUGCGCAGCGGACCUUACGCGCCAUUGGUGAACCAAAGAAUGUCCCAGCCUUCAUGCAAGAUGUCAGGGCAGGCAAACAAAAGCUGUUUGGCUAUGGCCACCGCACUUACAAAGGAAUGGACCCGCGGGUAGUUCCCAUUCGAAGCAUUCUCAGUGACUUGAGAGAUGUUCCUCAACCACUAUUGAAAGUUGCCGAAGCUAUCGAGCAAGCGGCAGAACAAGAUGACUACUUCCGUAGCCGGGGCUUGUAUCCAAACGCAGAUUUCUAUGGAAACUUCGUGUUCACUGGGAUUGGAUUUGAGCCAGAUAUCAUCCCGGCAGCUAUGCUUGUCCAUCGCAUUAUUGGAAUAAUGGCGCAUUGGAGAGAGUACACGCUCAAUCGAGGCAAGCUAUUUCGACCAACUCAUCUCUACACCGGAUGUGCUGAGCCUGCCCGGGGCGUUGUGGCGAAAAUCUAG